GUCGUUUGUAUACUUGGGCAUCUUACACAUUUCGUUUAUGUGAAGUCAGAUGGAGUUACAAGAUUGACUGUGCAUUGCACUGCUAUGGAGUUAUAGAAAAUAGUUUUAAUAAAUACAUAAUAAAAAAACGUAAAUUAAAGGUUUCGACUUCCAUUAACACAUGAUUUUGUAGCAAAGUUAUAAGGAAAGAUAUUAAAUAUUCUGGAUGCAAAUAAAAUCCAUUUCAUAUGACAGUCCAUCUUAAUCAAAUAUAAUGGGCGUAACAUAUCUUCGCGUAAUGCGCGUGUAAUUAUCAUUUGUCGCGCACUUGUAUGUUCAAGUACGAUUUUCGUACAUUUAUAAAAAAUAACACGGAUGUUGAAGUCAAGCCUGUUUUCACAGGCGUAUCAACGCGCUCGAUAUCGUAAGUUUUGACAUUUAACCGCAUUUAAUUGAUAACAGUCAGGCAAACAUCACCUGCGCACUUUGUCAACGACAUUAUUAUUACUGCAUGAUCAGUGAACUUGCGAAACCGAUAAGAUAGCUCAUAAGUUCUAACGGAUCUGCUAUCUAAAGGAAAUAAUAUAUCACUGCAUCUUGUAAUACAUGUACUUAUCACAACUCUUAUAAACGCUGAACAGCCACUGCGCUACGCAGCGUUAGUUUACCAGUGACGUCACGUUAAGCUGAACAGCGUAAGUAACUAGCUACGUCACGCCUCGUGGAGCAGCGUCACGUCUACGUCACGACUUGUGGAGCAGCGUUGAUGAACCAAUUACGUCGAGUCUUGCUGAGGACCGUCGGUUGAUCAGUGAAAAUGAGUAGUGAAAGGCAACCUCUGCUAAACAGGAGGACGUCGGUGCAGGCGCCUGUGUCUUACUUAAGUCAGGGCUCGAACCAAGAUGGCGGCGUGUUGCGGUCGGUGUCCCUAGACCCGAGCGAGGAAGAGUUGCAGCGUCGCAAGGCACAUUUCUACAGGAAUGAGGCCCAUCAUAGCAUGGUUGACUCCUCGGAGACGGUGACGUUAUCAUGGCAGAACGUUAACGUAUACGUCAACCCGCCAAGUCGAGCAUGCUGCCGGGGACCAGACCCCGCAUUAGAACGCAAGCAUGUGCUCAGAAAUGGCAAAUUUUCCUCGUUUUUAAUAAAUAAUUCGACCUGGCCUUCUCAGAAAUGAGAACAGUUCCCAAGU